UUCUACAGUCUAACUAACUAACCAACCCAUCAGCAGACCGAGUCCGCACAGGGAAACAUGGGACUGCGGAGUCACCGAGGGGGGGGAACUGUUCUCAGAGACCCACCACAGUAACUCUGACCGUCCUGGAAAAGAAACCUCCAUCUUUUCUUCACCUGUUUUUCAGACUUUUUCACUUUGCUGAAGGACCGGAAGAGAGAAGGAGACGUUAAAUGACAUCCGUGUGUUUCUGAUACCUGGGGCAAAUUAAAGUGCCACACCUUCUACUUUGGACGACAGCAACACAACACAUCUGGCCAAAUGGGGUGCCAAUGCUGCCGGAUGGUGAAAAGCUACAUCUACGACCCUUCAACGGCGGUGGAUGUGCGGAAAAGCGACUCUGCAUCCAGCUCCCUCUACCAGGGCCAGCACCACGUGGGCGGUGACCCCGGCCGCAACCCGCAGGGCGACCACACCAAGCAGAAGCAGGGCUUCCACAACCUGGGCUACAGCAAGUCCAACAACAGCACACUGAAACUGGAGCAUGACAACAACCAGGUCAACCACAGGCUUCACUCGGCGCCGUCACUUGCAAAGGAAAUGCACCAGCAGGCGAGCGCGCCUCCCGCAGGUGGCAGGCUGUACAUCAUUGAGCCAGAGGCGGUAGGACGACGAUGGAUGGACAUCGACGCAAUCCAGGUGCCUAUUUACCCCAACGUACAGCAGUACGAAGACCACAGGAGCUACAGCGAGCCGCAGCACGAGGCUAUGACGAACGGGUGGGACAGUUCCAUCACCACCUGCAGCAUGGCAGGCAGGAGCCCGUCGGUGGACGAGAUCGACGAGGGCGUUGGGGGGACGCCGGAGCAUCUUUGGGACACCGGGGACGAGGGCAGCGUCUUGUCCGUGGACAUCCACACCAGCACCACCAGCUUGUCUUCUGGUGGCACGAGGGAUGAGGUCACGCUGCCAAAGACUGCGGACGUUUCCACCGAGGAGAGCGGUUUCUCUGUGACGAAGAGCGAGGAUGAGGAGGAGGAGGUGAGGAAAGACCAGGCGGAGGUGCAGAGCGUCACGGACUCUAUGGUGGCAGAGGCUCUUGCUGCUUUGGAGGCCGCCACCGCCGGGGAGGAUUCCGAUUAAAAAACGAACCCUUAAAGCUACAGUAUGUAACUUUUACAAACAAAAUGUGAUUUUUAAAUAUUUGUGGAAACUGUCACAAUUUCGUGACGAUAUAAUAUGAGACAGAUAAUCUGUGAAAAGAUCAAGAUCUUCCAAGAAAUGUACCGCUCCCGGUCAAAAACAACCAAUC